CAGCAAGAGGGCUGGAAGGAAGUGAAAGAUCUGAAGAAAAUCCACUUGCCUAGACGAUUCUCGUCCAUCACAGAAGCUGAAGAAUAAAUUAAGGGCAUCGUGGUGCUCUUCGGUGGCCUGAGACCUAUGAGAAAGAAAACUUAUCAACUCUAAUCUUCAACGGAUUUAACAACCAAACCCAACUAAAAUGAAGGCAUUCAGCAUUGCAGUUGCAGUGACACUCGUGCUCGCCUUUAUUUGCAUUCUGGAGAGCUCUGCCCUCCCAUUCAGCGGGGUCCGAGAGCCGGAGGAGGCAGGGAGCAAUGACACUCCAGUUGCAGCACAUCAAGAGAUGUCAAUGGAAUCAUGGAUGAUGCCAAACCACGUCAGACAAAAGCGCCAGAGCCACCUCUCCAUGUGCACUGUUUGCUGCAACUGCUGCAAGAGCUACAAGGGCUGCGGUUUCUGCUGCAGAUUCUGAUGAUUCCUGCAACCUCCACAAUAUAUUAAUUUAUUAUGCUUUUUUUUAUCUCUCCACAACAAAUGACAUUUCCUUUACAUCUUCUUUUUCAGUGCAGUUAAUGUUAUCAUUUUUAAGAUGAAAGAACAUGAAAGAGUGCAAACAGCUAGUCCUUUGUAUUUAUUUUAUAUAUUUUAACAUUUCACCCUUUUUGUAAGAAGUGUACAUUUCUCUUUCAUAUGUGGCUUUUUUUUCCACUGAAAAUAAUUAUUUUGGUGCCGAAUAAAACUUUGCAUCUAAAUCAACUGAUAA